CACAGCCCCAAGCGGAGCACGGAAAAACCACACCGGGAGCAUGAAAACAAAUACAUUGAAGAACUUGCUGAGUUGAUCUUUGCAAACAUCAACAACAUUGACAACUUCAAUGUCAAGCCUGACAAAUGUGCAAUCUUGAAAGAAACUGUGAAGCAGAUUCGUCAAAUAAAAGAACAGGGUAAGGCUUUAUUUGAUUUUAGUUGACUCUUUCUUUUCUAAUAUUGAGUGAAUUGCCCUUUAUUGUAAGAACACACAUUCCUCUGUCACAAAAUCACUUACGUUCUCCAAAAUACCACACUUACUGUACGUUUCGUGUGAGCGAGCAGGACUGUGUGCGUGUAUUUCAGUCAGCUGCAAGCUGCGUUGUUGUGUGUGUCUGUGCUUGGACAGCGUCUGGGGGAGAGAUGUAAUGUGUUAAAGGGGCAGGAAGCCUGUUUGUCAGCCUGCGUAGAAAUACAGGCUGAGGCUGCUGCCUGGAAGGGCAGACAACAGCUGAUCAGAGACGCACACACAGCGGCAGAUCAGAUGAGACACUCUUCUUAAUGAGGAUGAUCAUGAAAAGCAGGCUGUUUGUUAUUCACUGACUGGAUUAUAUAAUGAUGAGCAAUGUGUUGUAAGACUCAGAGGAAACUAGUCUGAUUGGCGUGAGCGCCUGUGGCAGAGAUAGAGGCAGGGCUCUGACGGUUCCUACUGUACUGAUGUGAAAAAGCAUCCUGCUGUUCCAGCUUUAGGUGAGAUGUUAGUGUGAGAGUCGGCCUUUCUGUAUUAAACAGUCAGAGCCAUAGAUGGGCGAUUCCACUUCAACUUAAAAUAUUUUUGUUAUCUCGGAUUGUUCUGGCAAUUCUCACAUAGAAACUUAAUCGUGAUGAAGGAUGUUUGAAAUGCUUUUUACAUUUGUAUCACAAACAAGGCCAUUUUAUGACUUUUUUUUAGGCCUAGACAUGCCUCCUGUAAGACCCUAUGAUCUGUGAUAUGUACAUGAUAUAGACGUACUGGUGUCAUUAUACUCCUUAUAGUGUGCUCUAAAAUAGGGAGUGUGUCUUGAUUCUGAAAUAAAAGAUUUCACAUUAAUUUAUUCAACAGAAAAAAUAUUUUAUCUCAACUACCCUUUUUGAUUUAGUUCAUUUUAAGACAUUUUUUGGAACAAUAUACUCUACAAGUGGACUCUCUGCUAAUUAUGAAGUUAUCAUUAUUUUUUAUGAGUACCACCAACAGUGAAUGGGACAGAUGCAACACAAUAUACAAUCUCUUGAUUCUGUCAAACACUAUUAUACACUAGAAGGAUUGAUUGCAAAAGAUAUUGGGAUUGACAGUGCCUUCAGAAAGUAUUCAACCCUUUGACUUUUUCCACAUUUUGUUGUGUUACAGCCUGAAUUUAAAAUUUAUUAAAUUGAGAUGGCACACAAUACCCCAUAAUGUCAAAGUGGUAUUAUGUUUGUAAACAUUUUUACUAAUUAAAAAUGAAAAGCUAAAAGGUCUUGAGUCAAUAAGUAUUAAACCCCUUUGUUAUGGCAAUAAGUUCAGGAGUAAAAAUGUGCUUUAUUAUUUGCUGAAAUAAGUGUUUAAUGUGAUUAUCUUUUUUAUGACUACUUCCUCUCAGUACCCCACACAUAUCAUUUGGUGUAAGGUCCCUGAGUCGAGCAGUGAAUUUCAAACACAGGGAAGUUUUCCAAUGCCUCGCAAAGAAGGGCACCUAUGGAUAAAGUGAAGUUACUAAUUACACUUUGGUUGGUGUAUCAAUACACCCAGUCACUACAAAGAUACAGGCAUCCUUCCUAACUCAGUUGCCGGAGAGGAAGGAAACUGCUCAGGGAUUUCACGGUAAGGCCAAUGGUGACUUUAAACCAGUUAGAGUUUAAUGGCAGAAACCUGAGGAUGGAUCAACAACAUAGUAUUGUGGAGUAACUGCAAACUUAAAUGACCGAGUGAAAAGAAGGAAGCCUGUACAUUAUAAAAAAUAUUUUUAAAACUGCAUCCUUUUUGCAUUAAGGCACAAAAGUAAAACUGCAAAAAAUGUGGCAAAGAAAUGAAUUUCCUGAAUAGAAAUGUCCUGAAUAGAAAGCAUUAUGUUUGGGGCAAAUCCAACACAACACAUCACUGAGUACCACUCUUUAUAUUUUCAAGCAUGGUGGUGGCUGCAUCAGUAUGCUUGUCAUUGGCAAGGACUAGGGAGUUUUUAGGAUAAAAAGAAACUGAAUAAAACUAAGCACAGACAAAAUCCUAAAGGAAAACCUGGUUCAGUCUGCUUUCCAACAGACACUGGGAGACAUCCCCCUUUCAGCAGGACAAUAACCGAAAACACAAGGCCAAAUAUACACUGGAGUUUUUUACCAAGACGACAUUGAAUGUUCCGGAGUGGCCUAGUUACAGUUUUGACUUAAAUCUGCUUGAAAGUCUAUGGCAAGACUUGAAAAUGACUGUCUAGCAAUGAUCAACAACCAACUUGACAGCGCUUGAAUCAUUUAAAAAAGAAUAAUGUGCAAAUAUUGUACAAUCCAAGUGUGAAAAGCUCUUAGAGACUUACCCAGAAAGACUCACAGCUGUAAUCGCUGCCAAAGGUGAUUCUAACAUGUAUUGACUCGGGUGUGAAUACUUAUGUAAAUUAGAUAUUUCUGUAUUUUAUUUUCAAUACACUAGCAAAUUUGUCUAAAAACAUGUUUUCACCUUGUCAAUAUGGGGUAUUGUGUGUAAAUUAUGUCAAAUUUUCCCAGCUAGUUGGCUUUCAAUAUUGCACUGAUAAACGAUGGGGAAUAGUAGCCUGCUCGCCCACGUUUUGACAACUGAAUGGGAACUUGCCUGCCCGCCCAUUUGAUCGAUGCCAAAUAUAUUUUAUUGACAACCUAAGGGUGCGUUUGUGUAUUGCCUCCAGUGUGUCAGAGUGCUCUCUGGUCGUUCGUAAAUUCAAAGCAUUUCGCUUGCCGAGCGCACACUGCACUAUUGACACUGGACGCUCUGGCUGGGAGUAGGGUUGAUCCGAGCGUUCCUCACAGCGGCAGUCAAGCACCCAAGCUAACUGUCUAAAGUUGGCAAGCUUGCUAGCUACUUCCAGACACAAAUGAGAGAACACCUAACUCUGACCAUUUUACUCACCCUAGCAGAGCUGGUUAGGCUGUAUCUACAUGUUAUCUAGAGCGUAAGUGACUAACUGUGCUGCUGGCAAUUACUUUUUUUGCUGAUGUUUACUGACACUGGUCAUAUUCAGUGGGUGUUGUGCGUUCCUAAAUUCAUCAGUUAUUUUGCGCUCUGGCACACUCUGAGUGCUCUGAAAUCGGAGUAGAUAGCCAGAGUGAAUUUACAAAUGCAAGAGAUAUGCUAACUGGAGAACAGUCGUUCAAGUUUAGAAUAGCUAGCUAGCAAAGCGAUUCAUAUUUUUUCCUAGCUAACCAAGUGAUACCUGCAUCUCUAGCUGUAGCCACGGAAAAACGAUAUGAGGGGAAAGGUCGGUCCUCCCAGCAUCUAGCUAGCUAACGUUAGGCUCCGGGUUUUUAGCUUGCUAGAUAAAUAUACCUACAUAAAUAGAUACGCUAGCCUAUUAGCCACGUUAUGACUGACUUGUGAUUAUUGCCCUUGCUAGUUUGAUUGUAUUGACAAUCCCGGCUUUAGUUACAUUAGUCCGUUUUGUCCAAAAUAUUUAGUCAUUGAAACUGACAGUGCUUCCCGACUGUGUGGAGGCAGCAAAACAUGUACCAGGGCAGCUGUGAAUAUAUAUAUAUUUUUAAUUGUUUAUCCUUUUAUUUAUUUAUUUAUUUUGUUGUCAUUUAGCAGACACUCUUAUCCAGAGCGACUUAGUUAGUGAGUGCAUACAUUAUUUAUUAAAAAAAUCAUACUGGCCCCCCGUGGGAAUCGAACCCACAACCCUGGCGUUGCAAGCGCCAUGCUCUACCAACUGAGCUCCACGGGGCUCAUAUUUGCAACCUGAUAGCAAUAUUUUUUGGACUACCAAGAAAUGUAUUGGUGAAUUAUAUUAAUCAUGCAUUGAACUGCAUCCAUCUGUUCUGCCAACAAUGCCUUAAUGUACAUCAUGGAAUUUUUUGUCAAAUAUAACCUAUUUUUAAAACCUCUUAUAAAGUUAGUUUUGUAGCAUAAACUGGGAAUUUGAUAUUUUUUACUUUCAUAUCUGCAAAGUAGUUAACACUGUCAGUUCCACUUUAAUAAAGCGUAGAGCGCUAUGAUAGACUGCAUCUAUCGGCUUUAAUGUAUUGGCAGCUGCAUUUAUAUAGAUAUCGCCAUAGUCUAGAACCGGUUGGAACAUUGACUGAAUCAUGAGCUUUCUGCUAUUUAACAAGAGGCAUGACCUAUUUCUAUAGAAGAAGCCCAUUUUUAUUCACAACUUAACUAACUCUUCAAUAUGCUUUUUAAAAGAUAGCUUUUCAUCUAUCCAGAUGCCCAGAUAUUUAUAAGCGGGGACACGAUCAAUGUGGGCACCAUCCAAAGUACAAAUGCCUAAAUCAUCAGAUACAUUUUUAAGUGUUCUGGAAAACAACACACUUGGUUUUAUCUGCAUUCAGCACCAAUUUCAGUUCAACAAAGACUUUCUGUAAAGCAAUGAAUGCAGACUUUAGCUCAAAGAACCUGGUCGAUCGUGGGGGCAAAAGCAUACACAACAGCGUCAAUGGCAUACAAGUGCAGGUUAAAUGUUUUUUGUUACAGAUAAACCAAUAGUGUUAAUUUAAAUGGUGAACAGAAAUGGACCAAGAAUUGAUCCCUGUGGGACACCUUUUGUUAUGUCCAGAAAACCUGAUUUUAUUUUUAAACCAGCUACACACAGCCUGGUUCAGACCAAUUGAUGAGCCUCUGAAUAAGCAAUGAGUGAUCAACAGUAUCGAAUGCCUUAGACAGGCCAAUGAAGAGGGCAGCACAAUGUUUCCUUGUAUCCAUGCAAUUGAAUUAACCACAUUUUAAACCAUGGAAGCAUCAGAGAUGGUCUGAAACCAGACUGACUGAUGUACAUUUAGAAUUCGUAGUAAAAAAAUAUUUUAGCUGAGAAUUAAUCAAUGAUUCUUAUAUUCUUGCUACAGUUAGUGUAGUUGUCAGUGGUAGUUGGUGUACAGGCCCAGUGUUAGUUGUUGUACAGGGACAGGAAUGUCAGCUAUGUACCCUAAUGAGGCAGGCAGGACAGAGAGCGGAGAGCUUGACUCUGUAGUGGCACCAACCAAUGCGACCACAGUAGGAGAGAGAGAAAGAGAGAGGAGCUCCAGCGGGGAGGAUGACUGGAAGGGACGGGCCUAGUGAGGCAUUAACACAAUAUCCAAUCACUCAAUGAUGCACACUGGUAUUUAAGUCAACACACACAUUAUUCCCAAGUACAUCAACAGUAUGGUGGUUUACUGUUUUCACUUGGCUAGGUAUAGACUGUGGGAAAUUAUGUUGCUAAAUGAUAAUGAUAAUCAGUGUGCCCAGACAAAAUUAAAAUUAACACCUGUUGUAGUCAUUCUCAGGGCUGGUCAAAUUAGUGCAUCCUAGAAAUGAAUCAGCACCCACACAGACCACUACAUUUAAUUGCCCUUAUUAUUUUCAAAAUUAAUGUUUUGGUGUUGACAGGAUUCUGUCAGUUUGAAUGACAAAUUAGUCACAUUGUCUUUUGAUCCUCCCAUCUCAGGAUUUUUGUUUAGACUAUGGUAUAUUUAAGUAGUCAAGUUUUCUUUCAACACAACACUCCCAUUGCAAUGGCUGUGCUGGGGCUGACAUGAUUACAUGUUAAGUUGUGAAACAUGUCUAACAAACACUCUCUCUCUCCCCCUCCCUCACCUACUCCCUCUCCUCCUCCCCCUCCCCCCUCUUUCUCACUCACUCACUCACUCACUCACUCACUCUCUCCCUCCCCUCUCUCCAACCCAGCAGAGAAAACAACAACUGCCAAUGCAGAGGAGGUACAGAAAGCACACGUCUCAUCAACAGGCCAAAGCGUUAUUGACAAAGAUGCUCUUGGACCAAUGAUGCUCGAGGUGGGUGGGAGCAACGCACACUAUUCACAACACUGACUCACUUUGGAUCAUGUGAUCCCUUUUACCUUGAACACACACACAAGUCACAUGAUUACCAGGAUUUGUGAAAUCGACACAUUUAAAAUAUAUAGGGGUAUAUAACUCCCGCUGCAUAGGGUUGUAGCUAACGCCCCUGCAAGUUUAUUAAUGCACAAUAGAACAAAAUGUAAAUCCGCACACUGGUAUAAUGCGCCCAAAAUGUGUAAUUGGACAAAGUUUCGACCCCAAACUGGGUCUUUGUCAGGACAAGUUGUUCACCAAUGCACGAGCCUGGUCCUCGUGUGACAACAGACAGAGGGGUCCCUCUAUCUAUAUGCAGGGAAAGUGGCCAUCAGUGAGUGGCUGCCAGUGUUAUUCUCCAGUUCUGUCUAAUCUGUUGUGUCAGUGGGUAUUUAUACUCCCUCUGGCCCCUACGUCACUGCAUUCAGACAGCGGCUGCGUCCCAAAUGGCACCCUAUUCCCCACAUAGUGAAAAGGGUGCCAUUUGAAACGACCUACAUCAUGGCAUUCAGACACAGUAGACUCUAAAUAUAACCACUGCGGCCGGUUGUCCGCGCAGUUUGAAGUGGUGCAGGCUGGGAGCAGGGACAAUUCACAGCCGGGCUGCUGACGUGGUGGAGGAGAGGAUUACUCAUCAGUCCUGACUGUAACCAACCAUGGGCCAUAAAGCAAACUCUGAGAAACCUCUCUGUAGGUGCCAAGAGAACAGGCGUUUUACCCGAAAAAAACCCAGUUUCUCUGUCUAUGAAGAGUUCCAACUGUUUGUUCUAUGGCACACAGAAUAGGUGCAGUAUCACCAUGGCUGAAGCAAGUUGAUAGAGGAAGAGUGUUCCUCUUUUAAUCGUGUUAGUGUUUCAAGCAUAGUUUGUUACCCUAGUUUGACCCAUUUGUAAUUGUAGUUUAGUUACAUUGUGUACAACCCAAACACACUAAUAUGACAGUGAAUUGUUGCCAGGCCAGAAUGAGAUUGUACACACGAGGCUGUACUGUUUUAGGCUCAGGGAAUGAGUUUAAUGGCCUAGCGGUUUUGUACACACACUCCUGUCCUAACACACACACACAAACACACUCUCUCUCUCUCUCUCUCUCUCUCUCUCUCUCUCUCUCUCUGGCUGAGACUUCCUUUUCUCCAAGCUAUUUAGUUCACUGAGGAUGAUGCUACACAAUGCUCUUGGUUAAGUCGGUUCGCUGUGCAGUAAUACAUGGUUAUACUGUAUGGUUAUAUUGCAACUUGACUGUCUCUUAAUGCUACGGAGCACCGUCAUGUUUUAAUGAUAAGAUCCACGAUGCAUCCCAAAUGGCAUCCUAUUCCCUAUAUCAUGCACUACUUUGGACCAGAAGCCUAUGGGCCCUGGUAAAAAGUAGUGCACUAUAAAGGAAAUAGGGUGCUAUUUGGAACAAAGACCCACUAUUCACAUGCUGUUAGCCCGCCCAUUUAAUGUCCGAUGAUCAUUCCCUGCUAAAGUUUGGAUCUCGGAGCUCUGAAUCUGGCUUGGUAUGUUAGUGUUGUGCUGCUCAGCCAUAAUUGACUAUCAUUUUGUGUGGAACUUAACUUCUUAUGCCCUUUUCUUCGUAAUGGCUGAAUAGUAGAAAUAAGGGGUUUGUAAAUGGUUUAUUUGCUUCAAUAGAUGGACUAUGAUGGCUCCCUAUUUUGUCAAUUUUCUAUCCUCACUGUAAUGGCUCUGUAAAAACACUUUUUGGCUAAUGGCUCAGUAAUAUCACUUGACUCACCUCUUGGCCCAUUGGAACCCAGGCCCUGGAUGAACACACUGGCUUCAUCCCAAAUGGUACCCUAUUCCCUAUGCACUACUGUCAGGUCCCAUAGGACUCUGGUCAAUGGAAGUACACUAUACAGUGAGGGGAAAAAAGUAUUUGAUCCCCUGCUGAUUUUGCACGUUUGCUCACUGACAAAGACAUGAUCAGUCUAUAAUUUUAAUGGUAGGUUUAUUUGAACAGUGAGAGACAGAAUAACAACAAAAAAAUCCAGAAAAACGCAUGUAAAAAAUGUUAUGAAUUGAUUUGCAUUUUAAUGAGGAAAAUAAGUAUUUGACCCCACUGCAAAACAUGACUUAGUACUUGGUGGCAAAACCCUUGUUGGCAAUCACAGAGGUCAGACGUUUCUUGUAGUUGGCCACCAGGUUUGCACACAUCUCAGGAGGGAUUUUGUCCCACUCCUCUCUGCAGAUCUUCUCCAAGUCAUUACGUUUUCGAGGCUGACGUUUAGCAACUCGAACCUUCAGCUCCCUCCACAGAUUUUCUAUGGGAGACUGGCUAGGCCACUCCAGGACCUUAAUGUGCUUCUUCUUGAGCCACUCAUUUGUUGCCUAGGCCGUGUGUUUUGGGUCAUUGUCAUGCUGGAAUACCCAUCCACGACCCAUUUUCAAUGCCCUGGCUGAGGGAAGGAGGUUCUCACCCAAGAUUUGACGGUACAUGGCCCCGUCCAUCGUCCCUUUGAUGCGGUGAAGUUGUCCUGUCCCCUUAGCAGAAUAACACCCCCAAAGCAUAAUGUUUCCACCUCCAUGUUUGACGGUGGGGAUGGUGUUCUUGGGGUCAUAGGCAGCAUUCCUCCUCCUCCAAACACGGCGAGUUGAGUUGAUGCCAAAGAGCUCCAUUUUGGUCUCAUCUGACCACAACACUUUCACCCAGUUCUCCUCUGAAUCAUUCAGAUGUUCAUUGGCAAACUACAGACAGGCCUGUAUAUAUGCUUUCUUGAGCAGGGGGACCUUGCGGGCGCUGCAGGAUUUCAGUCCUUACAUUUACAUUUACAUUUUAGUCAUUUAGCAGACGCUCUUAACCAGAGCGACUUACAGGAGCAAUUAGGGUUAAGUGCCUUGCUCAAGGGCACAUUAACGUCAUUUAGCAGACGCUCUUAGCCAGAGCGACUCACAAAUUGGUGCGUUCACCCUAUAGCCAGUGGGAUAACCACUUUACAAUUUGGGGGGGGGGGGGGGGGGGGGGGGGGGUUAGAAGGAAUACUUUAGCCUAUCCCAGGUAUUCCUUAAAGAGGUGGGGUUUCAAAUGUCUCCGGAAGGUGGUGAGUGACUCCGCUGUCCUGGCGUCGUGAGGGAGCUUGUUCCACCAUUGGGGUGCCAGAGCAGCGAACAGUUUUGACUGGGCUGAGGGGGAGCUGUGCUUCCGCAGAGGAAGGGGAGCCAGCAGGCCAGAGGUGGAUGAACGCAAUGUCCUCGUUUGGGUGUAGGGACUGAUCAGAGCCUGAAGGUACAGGGGUGCCGUUCCCCUCACUGCUCCUUCACGGCGUAGUGUGUUACCAAUUGUUUUCUUGGUGACUAUGGUCCCAGCUGCCUUGAGAUCAUUGACAAGAUCCUCCCGUGUAGUUCUGGGCUGAUUCCUCACCGUUCUCAUGAUCAUUGCAACUCCACGAGGUGAGAUCUUGCAUGGAGCCCCAGGCCGAGGGAGAUUGACUGUUAUUUUGUGUUUCUUCCAUUUGCGAAUAAUCGCACCAACUGUUGUCACCUUCUCAACAAGCUGCUUGGCGAUGGUCUUGUAGCCCAUUCCAGCCUUGUGUAGGUCUACAAUCUUGUCCCUGACAUCCUUGGAGAGCUCUUUGGUCUUGGCCAUGGUGGAGAGUUUGGAAUCUGAUUGAUUGAUUGCUUCUGUGGACAGGUGUCUUUUAUACAGGUAACAAACUGAGAUUAGGAGCACCUCCUUUAAGAGUGUGCUCCUAAUCUCAGCUCGUUACCUGUAUAAAAGACACCUGGGAGCCAGAAAUCUUUCUGAUUAAGAGGGGGUCAAAUACUUAUUUCCCUCAUUAAAAUGCAAAUCAAUUUAUAAAAUUUUUGACAUGCGUUUUUCUGGAUUUUUUUGUUGUUAUUCUGUCUCUCACUGUUCAAAUAAACCUACCAUUAAAAUUAUAUACUGAUAAUUUCUUUGUCAGUGGGCAAACGUACAAAAUCAGCAGGGGAUCAAAUACUUUUGUUCCCUCACUGUAUAGGGAAUAUAAUAUAAUUUGGGACGCAGUAGAUAACAACCCUGAAUAUACCAAAGGUAGCUGAUAUUUCUCCCAUUUUCUAUACUCCAGUCUACAUUUUUUGUCAAUAACUCACUAAUAACCCUCUUCCUCUACUCCCUCUCCACCUAAUGGGUGUUUUUGUGUAUGUGUGUAUAUCGGAAGGGUUGGGUAAAUUUAAACAAAUUUCUGUCUUGUAUGGAUCAGUUAAGUAUUCUUCUUCUUCUAAUAAACCUCUUCUUCUCCCGUUGCCUUCCUCGUCAGGCCCUGGACGGGUUCUUCUUUGUGGUGAACACGGAGGGGAACAUUGUGUUUGUGUCGGAGAAUGUGACCCAGUACCUGCAGUAUAACCAGGAGGAGCUGAUGAACACCAGCGUCUACAGCGUCCUGCACGUAGGAGACCACGCGGAGUUCAUCAAGAACCUGCUGCCCAAGAGCCUGGGUGAGUUACACUACACCUCUCUUUCUCUCAUUCCUCUAUCAAUCCAUCACUGCUGCCCAAGUCCCUGGGUGAGUUGAGAUUUACCCCCUCACACUCACUGUGACCAUCUAUCAAAUCUAUAAACUUUUGCGAUUCAUGUCCAAAUCAUCUAUAAGUAACUUCAAUGAGUUGAACAUGAAGUGCGAAAAUGCUAAUAUAGGUACCAUUGACUUGAAUUGGAUUUGUGUCACACAUGCUAAAAAGAUAGCAUUUGAAACAGUGACCAGGUAAACAAAACAGAAGCAUGGGUUGCUGUCAUACCUUCUUUAAGGAGAUGUUAAAUCGCCAGUGAAUGAGUCAAUCAGGACUGAGACAGGAACUCUCCAAGGACUGGAUAGAAAGGGGCUUUGAAAUGAUGAUUUGAUAUUCGGUGCCAAUGGGGAUAGUAAGUUGAUUGUUUUGACCUUUGACCCCCUGUGUGUGUCCUCUAGUGAACUGCAGAGCACCGCGGUCCAGUGAGAAUCCCAACAGGAAUAGCCACACGUUUAACUGCCGCAUGCUGGUCAACCCCCACGGGCCCUGGGAGGGGGGUGAGCAGGAGCCCCAGGACCAGGAGGUGCAGCAGAAGUACGAGACCAUGCAGUGUUUCGCCGUGUCUGAGCCAAAGUCCAUCAAAGAGGAGGGAGAAGGUACAUAAAUGUUUGUUUACCAUCAAAUCGAACUUCAGUUGAAAACACACUUUACAGUCAAACAAUUAAAUGAAAGAGAUACAAAACAAACAAAAGGCAAUAAAAGAGGUGAAUAAAAGAAACAGGAUGUUUACCGUCAUCAUGAAGUACCAUUAUGAUCAGUUAUCCACUGCCCUGUCUUCCCAUAAGGGGUUAAUGCUGAACUCUUGGAAAGAGGUCUUCUGUCUGAGUAAAUUUCACUAAAUCUUCUAACAUGGAACAUUAAUACGUUUGUCACAGAUGUUACAUGUGCACUUCAAUAGCACUACACUCUAAAACUAAUCAUUUUAGGAAUGUAAGGUUUUCCAAUGUUGGAAGCUAUUAUUAGUCAUGUGUAUGAUUAUCACAAGAAUAAACUUUGUGGUCAGCCAUAUUGGAGUGCUGAAGCUUUGGUUUGGACAGAACUCACAGAUCUGGGUCACAUUCAUUAGUGCAAAACAAGAGUUCAUAUUGGACAUGUGCAGGUAAUCCCUCCCCGUUUCAGCCUGUUUGUUUCAGUUUGUUCCUAGUAAAUACGGCUUUGUAUGAUUCUGUGUGGUCGGAUGUCUUCUCCUCUCCUCCGUUCAUCUCUGUCUCUCCAGUGUCCUGUCCUCCUUUAGAUUCCUGUCAUCCGUCAGAUACAUCCUCAGAGAGGACCAUGGGAUGUCUAAUUAGUGUCUGCCACUUCCUUCUUUCCCCCGGAGCUCCCAGGGAAAUAUUUAUGUCUAAUUUUAGUACCGCCAGCCGUCCGCCGCUGCUUCCAAGAUAUUCUGCAAAAAAUGUAUUUUGACAUUGAAACCGCACCAGAGCUGCAAAUUCAACGGAGACGCGUUGCUAAUGAGAACAUGUUGAUCGGGAGUAAGGACAGUAACCAGGAGAGUUGAGGCAGGGUGUGAAUUGAACAUCGCCAUGUUGUAUCACCUACCGCCUCCAACCAAGAGGAUAAGUUGGAGGUCAUGUUCAUGAACUUGGGCUACUUCUAGGUAAAGCUUUUAAUAUGUUUCUGUUUUUUUUCUCCUUGUCGUCUAGAUUUCCAGUCUUGCCUGAUCUGUGUAGCACGAAGGGUUCCAGUCAAAGAGAGGCCCAUGCUCCCAACAUACGAGAGUUUUACCACCAGGCAGGAUCUCCAAGGUAGGGGACAACUACUGUACUAAUACUGUACUACUAUUACUACUGUACUGAAUUAAUCUGUUCUAAAUUAGUCUUAUCACCUCUGUUGUGGGUUGAGAGCAUGGUUUGCCGUAGUAGCUAGUUUGCCAGCUACCGAGAGCGGAGUGAUUUUCAGAAUUAGGAACUUUUUAUUUUUUAUUUUAUUUUUUAUUUAACCUUUAUUUAACCAGGUAAGCCAGUCGAGAACAAGUUCUCAUUUACAACUGCGACCUGAACUAGUGUUAGGUGGAUGAGCAAAAUCUAGAAUUCUUAGAAAUGAGUUCCCCGUCCAACAAGAAAGAUGGGUUCAGGGACAAGCGUCGUGUAGGAGUGACGCAAUCUGACGUUAGACGAUGCAAUGAAGCAUUGUGCUUCUGCUUUGCGUGCUGUUUGGGGUUUUGGCAGGGUAAUUGUAAAGCACUUUGUGACAACCUGCUGAUGUAAAAAGGUUGUUAUAAAAUAAAGUUGUUUCAUUGAUUGAAGCUGGGGAAACUAACUUAGCAUUGUAAUCGUAGGUAAGAUCACGUCACUGGACACCAGUCUGCUGAGAGCCUCCAUGAAGCCAGGCUGGGAGGACCUGGUCAGGAGGUGCAUCCAGAUGUUCCACCUGCAGAACGAUGGGGAGAUGUCAUUUGCCAAAAAGCAUCAGCAAGAAGGUACAAUGUCUCACGGGAUCUCUAGGCCUUUGACCUUCUGUUGAUUAAUGCCCAAAUUUGAAAGCAUGUGUCAUAUAUCUCUCUCUCUCCAUCCCUCUCUCUCUCCAGUCCUGAGACAGGGCCAUGCGUUCAGCCCUCUGUAUCGCUUCUCCCUGUCUGAUGGUACCAUUGUGUCUGCCCACACCAAGAGCAAGCUGGCGCGCUCCCCUGCCACCAACGAACCUCAGCUCUACAUGUCCCUCCACAUCCUCCAGAGGUACGUCUCCCCUGAACACCUCUCUCUAGUUCAGCAUUAUUCAACUGGGGGUCACAGGUACUGCACGGGCUGCGAAAAUGUAUAUAAAAAAUACAAUGAAAAGGUUUUUAUUUUUAUUUCAAUGUCUUUAGGAAUAUCGCUUGCAACAACAGAAUAAACAAAUGUUUUAUUACAUAUCUACAGUAGAAAAGAGGAGAAUAUCUUCUUUCUAAUGAUGUCAGCUUUAUUUCACAACUCCUAAUGUUGAUCAAAUUACACUCAUUGGAGCCAAUUACACUCACUGGAGUAUAUGACAUAGUCUUUGAAAAAGCACCCGCGAAUAGGCUACCAGUGCGGCAAGUGCUGUUGGUAAGCUUGCUUGACUUGGACACACAUUUUUGCUAACAUUUGUUUAACCAGCUAAACAGCUGCUCUUAGCGAAAAUGUGUUUAGAGUUAUUUUUCUAGCUAAUAGGCUAUGUUAGAGUUUACAAUUAUAAUGUAGGGAGGUCAAAAUAAUGAAACUAUCUACCAAAUCAUUAAAAAAAUGUUGAUGACCCUUUCCUUGCAACUAUCAUUUACCUGAUAAGACAAGACAGAAAAAGGCUAAUGAUUGGGGUCGCUGGGUUGCCUGGGAGGGGGUCCCUGUGCAAGAAAAGGUUGACCCCUGCUCUAGUUCAAACCCCAAUGUUUGGGCCUCAGCAGCCAUUGACAUGGACCCUGGGCUGUUCUACUGAUUCUAAUUCUAUGGGUGCAGCCACACAACGGAGGCUCAGUUCAUCCCUUGCCACAGCUAAUGGCAAAUGGCACCCUAUUCCCUGUAUAGUGCACUACUUUUGACGAGAGCCCUAUGGGGUGCACUAUGAAGUAGUGCACUAUAAAGGAAAUAGGGUUUCGGAGGCAACCCCAGUGUUUCACCCGUUUAUCUGGCGGCCCCGGGGCAGAGCUUGACAGGAACAGGAAACAAUAACAAGACUGUUGUUGAGAAUGAGUGGAUCAACUGCAAACUUGGCGCUUUGUAUAAUUCUCAAACACAUAAUGUUGCUUCAGUGCCGUGCACAAUGACGCCUUUGUGUUUUUAACUGUGCCUGAAGCUGCUAAAGCUUGCUCGGUGCAUACUGCAUUAGAGCUGUGGACUGGAGACCCGACUGGUGUUUGAGUUUGCUCUGCUGAGUACACUGACAGUGUCUCAUAGGAGGGAACUUUAGUUAGUCGCCAACAUUAUCUUUUAUCAGUGUCUGUCAUGGAAGUAGUACUGUGUGAAUGGGAAAACGUUGACUUGUUGUCAUUACAUUGGUGAAUGCCAUUUUUUAUGCUUUUCUAUAGUUUAGCCAGAAUGACUGAAAACAGCUUCCUUUAGUAUGGAUGCGUUCCAAAUGGCACCCUAUUCCCGUUAUAGUGCACUACUUCUGACUAGGGCCCAUAGGGCUUUGAUCAAAGGUAGUGCACUUCACUAUAUAGGUAAUAGGGUGCCAUUUGGGAUUGAGCCUAUAUGAUUAUGUCCAUCUCCAUCCCUAAAGCUGUGUGUCUGUGUUUGGCCCUCUUCCAGGGAGCAGACGAUGUGUGGGAUGAACCCGGACAUGUCUGCCCAGGGACAGGGGAUGGGGAAGCAGCCAAUGAACACUAUGUCUUCACUGACCCCUCCCAGUGUGGGUGGGCUGUCCCCGGGGCUGGGGGUCCAGGGCCAGGACACUACGGUCAGCAGCAAUACCAACAUGGCCACCAUGGGUGGCCUGCAGGGUGGACGUUAUGGAUGCCAGGGGGCUAUGAACCGUUCCCCCACUCAUCGGGGUAGCAGCAACUAUGCACUCAAGAUGGAGAUGAACAGCCCGUCGCAGGACAGCCCCAGUGUGACCUCUCAGGGGGGUCAAGGUGGCGGUGGUACCAUGCUGUCCCCACGCCACCGCCAGAGCCCCAGUGUGGCGGGUUGCCCCCGCGUUGCUCCCCCAGGACCCUUCUCCCCGACGGGCAGCUUGCACUCUCCACCAGGGGUGUGUAGCAGCACAGGGGUGGGGAACAACCACAGUGGCUACACUGGUAACAGCUCCCUCAAUGCACUUCAGGCCCUUAGCGAAUGCCACGGGGUCUCCCAGCAGGGGCAGUCCACAGGGUCACCUGACAGGAAGCCAGGCAACACGCUGCAGAUGCAGAGUCCCCCUGGUAGUGGUGGAGCUAGCAGCAGUAGUAACCUCGACUCCAGCCAGCUGGCCAACCGCAGCAGCACCACAUCUGAGAGAGAGAUAGGGAUGUUUGGAGCAUACGGGGAGCAGUCCCAGCCAGACGGGGAGGAGAGGGAGAAUGUGGAGCAGAGGAAGUUGAAAGAUUACACCCCCGAGCAUUUUGGAGGAUCAGGAGGAGAGCUGAACGAGGCCCAGAACAGGCUCCUCAACAGCAAGGGCCACACCAAGCUCCUGCAGCUGCUCACCAACAAGUCAGAGCACAUGGAGCCCUGCUCGCCCCACGGGGCCCCCGGGGGAGGGGAGCCCAACUGUAAGGAUCCCGGGACGGGACCAGGGGGCCACAACAACCACUCCACCUCGCUGAAGGAGAAACACAAGAUCCUCCAUAGACUCCUCCAGAACAGUACGUCCCCGGUAGAGCUGGCCAAGCUGACGGCCGAGGCCACGGGGAAGGAGCUGGGUCAGGGCCAGCAAGACCAGGGAGGACCAGACAGUAUGGCCGCCACCGUGGCUGAGAUGGCCACCAAGCAGGAGCCCGUCAGCCCCAAGAAGAAGGAUAACGCGCUGCUGCGCUACCUGCUGGACAAGGAUGACAACACCAUGCAGGAGAAAGGCAUCAAGAUGGAGCCCGGGACAGAGAUGAAGGUGGCCAAUGUGAAGACUGAGAAGCACGACCCGGGAUACAACAUGGCAGAUCAGGUCAGUAGAGCAACAAUGUGUAUGGUCAUGAUACACUGGCUGCGUCCCAAAUGACACCCUAUUCCCCUUAUGGGCCCUGGUCAAAGGUAGUAAGCUAUAUAGGGAACCACUGAUCGAGAGUCUGAAGUAGGCCUAGCCAUACAAUGCAGCCUCCUGGGGGUUGUUGAAGAUUCGUAUGUGUUAUUACAUAAUACAGUGAGGGGAAAAAAGUAUUUGAUUCCCUGCUGAUUUUGUACGUUUGCCCACUGACAAAGAAAUGAUCAGUCUAUAAUUUUAAUGGUAGGUUUAUUUGAACAGUGAAAGACAGAAUAACAACAAAAAAAUCCAGAAAAACGCAUGUCAAAAAUGUUAUAAAUUGAUUAGCAUUUUAAUGAGGGUACCUAGUGGGAGGCUAAGUAGGGAAUCUGUUGCCCUGCCAGGCAUUUAAUACAGUGGGGGAAAAAAGUAUUUAGUCAGCCACCAAUUGUGCAAGUUCUCCCACUUUAAAAGAUGAGAGAGGCCUGUAAUUUUCAUCAUAGGUACACGUCAACUAUGACAGACAAAUUGAGAAAAAGAAUUCCAGAAAAUCACAUUGUAGGAUUUUUAAUGAAUUUAUUAGCAAAUUAUGGUGGAAAAUAAGUAUUUGGUCACCUACAAACAAGCAAGAUUUCUGGCUCUCACAGACCUGUAACUUCUUCUUUAAGAGGCUCCUCUGUCCUCCACUCGUUACCUGUAUUAAUGGCACCUGUUUGAACUUGUUAUCAGUAUAAAAGACACCUGUCCACAACCUCAAACAGUCACCCUCCAAACUCCACUAUGGCCAAGACCAAAGAGCUAUCAAAGGACACCAGAAACAAAAUGGUAGACCUGCACCAGGCUGGGAAGACUGAAUCUGCAAUAGGUAAGCAGCUUGGUUUGAAGAAAUCAACUGUGGGAGCAAUUAUUAGGAAAUGGAAGACAUACAAGACCACUGAUAAUCUCCCUCGAUCUGGGGCUCCACGCAAGAUCUCACCCCGUGGGGUCAAAAUGAUCACAAGAACGGUGAGCAAAAAUCCCAGAACCACACGGGGGGACCUAGUGAAUGACCUGCAGAGAGCUGGGACCAAAGUAACAAAGCCUACCAUCAGUAACACACUACGCCGCCAGGGACUCAAAUCCUGCAGUGCCAGACGUGUCCCCCUGCUUAAGCCAGUACUUGUCCAGGCCCAUCUGAAGUUUGCUAGAGUGCAUUUGGAUGAUCCAGAAGAGGAUUGGGAGAAUGUCAUAUGGUCAGAUGAAACCAAAAUAUAACUUUUUGGUAAAAACUCAACUCGUCGUGUUUGGAGGACAAAGAAUGCUGAGUUGCAUCCAAACACCAUACCUACUGUGAAGCAUGGGGGUGGAAACAUCAUGCUUUGGGGCUGUUUUUCUGCAAAGGGACCAGGACGACUGAUCCGUGUAAAGGAAAGAAUGAAUGGGGCCAUGUAUCGUGAGAUUUUGAGUGAAAACCUCCUUCCAUCAGCAAGGGCAUUGAAGAUGAAACGUGGUUGGGUCUUUCAGCAUGACAAUGAUCCCAAACACACCGCCCGGGCAACGAAGGAGUGGCUUCGUAAGAAGCAUUUCAAGGUCCUGGAGUGGCCUAGCCAGUCUCCAGAUCUCAACCCCAUAGAAAAUCUUUGGAGGGAGUUGAAAGUCCGUGUUGCCCAGCGACAGCCCCAAAACAUCACUGCUCUAGAGGAGAUCUGCAUGGAGGAAUGAGCCAAAAUACCAGCAACAGUGUGUGAAAACCUUGUGAAGACUUACAGAAAAACAUUUGACAUGUGUCAUUGCCAACAAAGGGUAUAUAACAAAGUAUUGAGAAACUUUUGUUAUUGACCAAAUACUUAUUUUCCACCAUAAUUUGCAAAUAAAUUCAUUAAAAGUCCUACAAUGUGAUUUUCUGGAGAAAAAAAUUAUCAUUUUUUCUGUCAUAGUUGACGUGUACCUAUGAUGAAAAUUACAGGCCUCUCUCAUCUUUUUAAGUGGGAGAACUUGCACAAUUGGUGGCUGACUAAAUACUUUUUUUCCCCACUGUAUGUUGUGAGGAUUUUUUAGAUUUUUGUUGAGAGACCUCUUAGCCAUUAGGUGCGCAAAUUGCAGUGACAAGUUGAUCUCCUUGUGAAAUCCACGGACAAGUCCUGAGAACUAGCUGGCUAGUGAGUGAGGCAGUUGAAAGGGUCUGGCAGCACAUUGAGGGGGCUUGAUCUUAUUGGCCCUAUUGGCAGGCUGGCCCGGCGUCUCAGUCUUGAAUCGGCUCUGGCAGAGAGGGUUCUGAAAUACAAGACAGUGCCAGGGGUAGUGGAGGGAGGGGAGAAAAUCCACUAGUGUUUAGUGCUGGCUGGCACAUGUUUGCGGCCUGCUCCUCUGGCUCGUCCCUGUCUAAACAGCAGCCGGAAGGCCUGGGUGACUGCAGACAGCCCAGCAGCCAGUGUUUAUACAGCCAGCUCUCUGUGCUUUCUGUGGGGUGUGUGUGUGUGUGUUGAACAUGAGGAGGAGGUUGUAGUAAGUCUGUGUUCAGGGGAUAAGAGAUGGAGAGGUAGCUAGCAGGCACACUGUGGGAGGAGGUAAAAACUACAGCCUUUUAAUUAGUUGUUAGGCUACACAUUUGUUCUACAGGAACUACAGAGAGAUUCAGCUCAGAUAAGAAUAUUGGGCAUAAGACAACAUAUUGUUUUAUGCCAUAUGUUUUUUAGAAAAUCUCCUGAAAUACACUACAUCAGGGCUGCCCAACCCUCUUCCUGGAGAUCUACUGUCCUGUAGGUUCAGUCCAACCCUAAUUUAGCAUAUCUGAUUCAGCUAGUUAUGGUCUUGUUGAGCAGCUAAUAAGUAGAAUCAGGUGUGUUAAAUUAGGGUUGGACUGAAAACCCACAGGAUGGUAGAUCUCCAGGAAGAGGGUUGGGCAGCCCUGCACUACAUUCACAGAUAGCUUUUAUCAUAGCCACAACAUGUUAGCCGGGUCUCUAUAGCCUUUAGGGAGGCGUCACUGUCUGUUGUCAGCCAAUAUUCACCACCCACUGCACUCCGGGCAGGUAGAGAGGCAAUCAGAGAGAGCAUGCAGGCCGGGGCAUUGGAGCGGUUAGCUCCUCCAGAAGGGCUGAAUCCCAAUUCUGAGGCUGAAUCCCAAUUCUCCACCCUUUUCCCAAAGUGUGCACUUGCACACUACCUGUCAUGGAUUUAACAAUGGUGAAGACUCCAGCCAAUGUUUACUUCAAUCCAAUACUUUUAGAUCCAUGACGGGAAGUGUGCAAGUGCACACUUUGGGAGAUUGUUAGAGAAUUGGGACACUGCCUAAGAGGGGGAGAGGAGGAGGAGGAGGAGGAGGAACAGGAAUAAACCAACAGCAGGUCACCCUGGCAUGCAGGCGGGCAGUGCACAGGAAGGAGGGCAGAGUAGAGCUGCGAGCCGUGCGGAGCGGAGGGCAGAGCAGCCUUACAUCAUACAUGACCUCAUUAGUUCAGCCUGCUAUUUAUAUCCUCCCCUCUAUUCAUCGGCCUGCCUGUAUGAAAUGGUCUGGGCAGGAAGAUUCCAUUCCCAUCUAUAGGUCGGUCUGUCUCUGUCUCUGUCUCUCUCUCUCUGAAAAAUGUAGCUCAUUCUCAGUGAUGAUGGGUACAGUAGCUAGCUAUGCACUGGUUUCGUUGAUUUGAAAGGGAUCCAUAUUUUAAUGUGGAGUAUUCAGACAGUGUUCCUGCGCUACAAAAUAUUUUCCAUAAUAUCUAUGUAUUAUUUAUGUACAUAGUAAUCAGAUGUUCUAAAUGCUCAUGGACACUGUCUCCCACAUACAACUAUCCUACUCAUGUCUACUCUAAUGUAUAUACAGUGCCUUCAGAAAGUAUUCAGACCCCUUUACUUUUUCCACAUUUUGUUACAUUACAGCCUUAUUCUAAAAUUGAUUAAAUAAAUAAAAAUCCUCAAUCUACACACAAUACCCCAUAAUGACAACGUGAAAACAGUUUUUUAGACAUUUUUGCAAAUACCUUAUUUACAUAAGUAUUCAAACCCUUUGCUAUGAGACUCAAAAUUGAGCUCAGGUGCAUCCUGUUUCCAUUGAUCAUCCUUGAUGUUUCUACAACUUGAUUGGAGUCCACCUGUGGUAAAUUCAAUUGAUUGGACAUGAUUUGGAAAAGCACACACCUGUCUAUAUAAGGUCCCACAGUUGACAGUGCAUGUCAGAGCAAAAAACAAGACAUGAGGUCGAGGGAAUUGUCCGUAGAGCUCCGAGACAGGAUUGUGUCGAGGCACAGAUCUGGGGAAGGGUACCAACACAUUUCUGCUGCAUUGAAGGUCCCCAAGUAUACAGUGGCCUCCAUCAUUCUUAAAUGGAAGAACUUUGGCACCACCAAGACUCUUCCUACAGCUGGCCACCCGGCCAAACUGAGCACUCGGGGGAGAAUGGCCUUGAUCAGGGACGUGACCAAGAACCCGAUGGUCACUCUGACAGAGCUCCAGAGUUUCUCUGUGGAGAUGGGAGAACCUUCCAGAAGGACAACCAUCUCUGCAGCACUCAACCAAUCAGGCCUUUAUGGUAGUGGCCAGACGGAAGCCUCUCCUCAGUAAAAGGCACAUGACAGCCCGUUUGGAGAAGCAUGGGGGUGGCAGCAUCAUGCUGUGGGGAUGUUUUUCAGCGGCAGGGACUGGGAGACUAGUCGGGAUCGAGGCAAAGAUGAACGGAGCAAAGUACAGAGAGAUCCUUGAUGAAAACGUGCUCCAGAGCGCUCAGGAACUCAGACUGGGGCGAAGGUUCACCUUCAAACAGGACAACGACAGAGCUUGAGAGGAUCUGCAGAGAAGAAUGGGAGAAACUACCCAAAUACAGGUGUGCCAUGGCAUGGCUGUAAUCACUGCCAAAGGUGCUUCAACAAAGUACUGAGGAAAGGGUCUGAAUACUUAUGUCAAUGAGAUAUAUAUAUAUAUAAUUUUGUUUUUUAUAUAUAAAUUGGCAAACAUUUAUAACCUGUUUUUGCUUUGUCAUUGUGUGUAGAUUGAGGGGGAAAAACAAUUUGAUCAAUUUUAGAAUAAGGCUGUAACAUAACAAAAUGUGGAAAAAGUCAAGGGGUCUGAAUACUUUCCGAAGGCACUGUAAGACUUGUCUGUGUCUUUCUGUGUGUGUGCUUGGAUGUUCAUGCAGUCUAGUGAGCUGGAAGACAUCUUGGAUGAUCUGCAGUGUAGCCAGCAGCAGCAGCUCUUCUCAGGCCAGCACCACCAGCAGCAGUCCAGACCUGUGUCUCUGCCUGCCAACGUAGACAAGCAGUCCAUCAUCAACGACAUCCUGCAGAUGACAGAGAACAACAGCAGUCCCACGGGCACCAACACCCAGCAGAAGGCCUUCCCAGGCAUGGGCCCAGGACGUGAGUUAACCAGACCUCUGCUCUUAUCUGUUCCAGGUUACAUCCCAAAUGGCACCCUAUUCUCUAUGGGCCCUGGUCAAAAGUAGUGCACUGUAUAGAAAAUAGGGUGCCAUUUGGGAAGCAACCUAAGUAGCUUGAGAUAGGAGUAACCCUUAACCACAGAUCUGAGAUCAGUUUACCCUCCCCAAAUCUUAAUAACCUUUAUCAUAAAGAAUAUCUGACCCGGUGUCAGCGGUUAGUUAGGGGCAACUUCUACGUACUUUGUCCCACUUUUGAUAUGGAAAAAAUUGUUUGGUCAAGCCAGUAUAUUUUAGUGAGAUGAUUGUGUAACUUUUUCGGUCUUGUACUCCCAGACUUCAAUGGUCCCAGGAUGGGCCAGCCAGGCCGAGGGCCCCCUGUCCGCAGUAUGUCCCUAGUUCAGUCCAACAUGUCUGGCCAUGGUUCUCCCCGACCCUUCCCUCCUCCCAGGAACAGCAGCCCCUACUCUGUCAUGCAACAGCAAGCCAUGAUGGGAAACCACGGGAUGCUGCAGAACCAGGCUAACAUGGGCAACGCAGGUGAGUCGUCAUGUUUAAAAAUGUAUUAAGCAUUACCAUCUAAAAUGUUUAGUGCUAAUUUAAGAGAUGUACUAUACCACUUUGUGUUAUUAUUAGAUAUAGGAUCAGUCCCAAAUGGCACCCUAUUCCCUAUAUAGUGUACUAAUUUUGACCAGGGUCCAGUUUCAGUGUUUAGAAGUCAUCCUGGCUCAGCUUACAGUCUGUCCUCUCCUGUCCCCCUGUCCCAGGCAUGCCCUGGGCUAGCAUGCAGCAGGGUUGGGGCCCUCAGGGGCCAAUGGGCCAGGCUCUGCAGCAGAGAAUGGGGCCUGAUGGUCACAUGGUGCCCAAUGUCUCAGCUGGAGUCCCCAUGAGGCCCAGCAACCAGCAGCCUGGACCCAGACAGAUGGUCCCAAUGCAGAUGAUGGGAAACGGUGAGUGCUGCUGCCCCCCUUUCUCCACACACACACACACACACACACACACACACACACACACACACACCUUGCCCCUGUUUCUCCACACACACACCUUGCUGCCAUUUCUCCAAACACACAAACAUCUCCAUUGUCUCUGUAUCCAUCUAGAGUCCCAUGAGGCCCAUAAUUGAAGUUAUUCUGAGUCUUUUCAUAAUGUCUGUUGAACAGUGCAAUCAGAUAUGGAGAUGGCUGGUCCUCCCUACCCAGGACAGCAGGCACCGCCCAAUCAGACGGCCCCAUGGCCUGACCGCAUGAUGUCAGUGGAUCACGGGCCUUAUGGGAACCAGAACCGGUAAAUAGCUACACACAGUACAGACCCCUUCUCUCAGUGACAGUACAACACACCUCACACCUCUUUGCUGUCUGACACACUUUUGAAAAGUAGUGCACUGUAUAGGGAAUAGGGUACCAUUUCGGACACAACUAACUCCGUCUGAACCUACUCCUCUGGGCCCGGUUUCCCAGAGGCAUCUUAAGUUUAAGUUCAUCGUUAGAACCUUAGUAGAAGCAUCGUUAAAUCUCCGAGCUGUUUCCCAAAACCAUCGUUAUUAAAGUUGCACUUAAAUGCUUGUAAUUUAAUGCCCGCCUCAGACCACUCGUAGAAGUGCGUCGUUAGAUGCUUUUUUGGCCCUCCCACAUCACUUUAUACACAGAUCCCCACUAAACAUAGAAUCAAAUGGUUUAUCCAUCUCUCUGUAACCGCCGAUAACUUUAGAACAAAGUUGACUACAAAUACAAAGUUGCCAAUGUCUUUGCAAUUGAUACAAACAAGCGACAUAUUUAAAAAUAUGCUUAAAAUGAAAACCGAGAUGAUUGCAUUAAAAUAUAAACAGUAAGCUAUAGGCCUUUUUCAAUCAUAUUGAAAUACAGUUGAAGUCGGAAGUUUACAUACACCUUAGCCAAAUACAUUUAAACUCAGUUUUUGCAAUUCCGGACAUUUAAUCCUAGUAAAAAUGCCCUGUCUUAGGUCAGUUAGGAUCACCACUUUUAUUUUAAGAAUGUGAAAUGUCAGAAUAAUAGUAGAGAGAAUGAUUUAUUUCAGCUUUUUAUUUAUUUCAUCACAUUCCCAGUGGGUCAGAAGUUUACAUACACUCAAUUAGUAUUUGGUAGUAUUGCCUUUAAAUUGUUUAACUUGGGUCAAAUGUUUCGGGUAGCCUUCCACAAGCUUCCCACAAUAAGUUGGGUGAAUUUUGGCCCAUUCCUCCUGACAGAGCUGGUGUAACUGAGUCAGGUUUGUAGGCCUCCUUGCUCGCACCCGCUUUUUCAGUUCUGCCCACAAAUGUUCUGUAUGAUUGAGGUCAGGGCUUUGUGAUGGCCACUCCAAUACCUUGACUUUGUUGUCCUUAAGCCAUUUUGCCACAACUUUGGAAGUAUGCUUGGGGUCAUUGUACAUUUGGAAGACCCAUUUGCGACCAAGCUUUAACUUCCUGUCUGAUGUCUUGAGAUAUUGCUUCAAUAUAUCCACAUAAUUUUCCUUCCUCAUGAUGCCAUCUAUUUUGUGAAGUGCACCAGUCCCUCCUGCAGCAAAGUACCCCCACAGCAUGAUGCUGCCACCCCCGUGCUUCACGGUUGGGAUGGUGUUCUUCGGUCGGGCUUGCAAGCGACCCCCUUUUUCCUCCAAACAUAAUGAUGGUCAUUAUGGCCAAACAGUUCUACUUUUGUUUCAUCAGACCAGAGGACAUUUCUCCAAAAACUACGAUCUUUGUCCCCAUGUGCAGUUGCAAGCCGUAGUCUGGCUUUUUUAUGGCGGUUUUGGAGCAGUGGCUUCUUACUUGCUGAGCGGCCUUUUAGGUUAUGUCAAUAUAGGACUCGUUUUACUGUGGAUAUAGAUACUUUUGUACCUGUUUCCUCCAGUAUCUUCACAAGGUCCUUUGCUGUUGUUCUGGGAUUGAUUUGCACUUUUGGCACCAAAGUAUGUUCAUCUCUAGGAGACAGAACGUGUUUCCUUCCUGAGCGGUAUAAUGGCUGCAUGGUCCCAUGGUGUUUAUACUUGCGUACUAUUGUUUGAACAGAUGAACGUGGUAACCUUCAGGCGUUUGGAAAUUGCUCCCAAGGAUGAACCAGACUUGUGGAGGUCUACAAUUUUUUUCUGAGGUAUUGGCUGAUUUCUUUUGAUUUUCCCAUGAUGUCAAGCAAAGAGGCACUGAGUUUGAAGGUAGGCCUUGAAAUACAUCCACAGGUACACCUCCAAUUGACUCAAAUGAUGUCAAUUAGCCUAUCAGAAGCUUCUAAAGCCAUGACAUCAUUUUCUGGAAUUUUCCAAGCUGUUUAAAGGCACAGUCAACUUAGUGUAUGUAAACUUCUGACCCACUGGAAUUGUGAUACAGUGAAUUAUAAGUGAAAUAAUCUGUCUGUAAACAAUUGUUGGAAAAAUUACUUGUGUCAUGCACAAAGUAGAUGUCCUAACUGACUUGCCAAAACUAUAGUUUGUUAACAAGAAAUUUGUGGAGUGGUUGAGUGAAGUUUUAAUGACUCCAACCUAAGUGUAUGUAAACUUACGACUUCAAUUGUGUGUAUAUAUAUAUAUACACACAAGUGUGUCAGUGUGUGUGUCUGCGUGUAGCCUAUUUGGGAAGGACCUAAGUCACACUAAGGUGAAUGCGGUUGGUGGGUUCAGGGAGUUGUGUUCUUCAGUAGGUGAGUCUUUGUCCAUUCAAAGACCCAUGUAGAACUACAGGAGCUCCUUGAUUGGUUGGAUGCCAGUGCUUUCAUUGGGUGUAGACCAUUUGUAAACCAUGUUGUCCAACAAUAGACUGGGGUCAGCAAAAGUUCUGAAAAAUAAGUGUAUGUAAACUUCCGACUUCAACUGUACAUUUUAUGUUCAAUGAAUUGAGUUAUAUUUUGCUACUUGUAGGCUACUGUCUGUAAUUUGUCUCAACAUGUUUCAUGAUGUGUAGCCUAACAUGUGCGCAAUGAUGUGCCAAAUCUGUGAUUUUGUGCAUUUUUAUUGGGUAAGCAUUAGAAUAAGCUGCCUCAAUAUUUGCCACCAUAGGUGAUAUCUCUCUAGGAGCUGAUCCACCGUCUGCUGAUUUUGAACGUUUGCCCACUGACAAAGAAAUGAUCAGUCUAUAAUUUUAAUGGUAGGUUUAUUUGAACAGUGAGAGACAGAAUAACAACAAAAUAAUCCAGAAAAACGCAUGUCAACAAUGUUAUAAAUUGAUUUGCAUUUUAAUGAGGGAAAUAAGUAUUUGACCCCCUCUCAAUCAAAAAGAUUUCUGGCUCCCAGGUAUCUUUUAAACAGGUAACGAGCUGAGAUUAGGAGCACACUCUUAAAGGGAGUGCUCCUAAUCUCAGCUUGUUACCUGUAUAAAAGACACCUGUCCACAGAAGCAAUCAUCAAUCAGAUUCCAAACUCUCCACCAUGGCCAAGACCAAAGAGCUCUCCAAGGAUGUCCGGGACAAGAUUGUAGACCUACACAAGGCUGGAAUGGGCUGCAAGACCAUCGGCAAGCAGCUUGGUGAGAAGGUGACAACAGUUGGCACGAUUAUUCACAAAUGGAAGAAACAAAAGUACUGUCAAUCUCCCUCGGCCUGGGGCUCCAUGCAAUAUCUCACCUCGUGGAGUUGCAAUGAUCAUGGGAACGGUGAGGAAUCAGCCCAGAACUACACGGGAGGAUCUUGUCAAUGAUCUUAAGGCAGCUGGGACCAUAGUCACCAAGAAAACAAUUGGUAACACACUACGCCGUGAAGGACUGAAAUCCUGCAUCGCCCGCAAGGUCCCCCUGCUCAAGAAAGCACAUAUACAGGCCCGUCUGAAGUUUGCCAAUGAACAUCUGAAUGAUUCAGAGGAGAACUGGGUGAAAGUGUUGUGGUCAGAUGAGACCAAAAUGGAGCUCUUUGGCAUCAACUCAACUCGCCGUGUUUGGAGGAGGAGGAAUGCUGCCUAUGACCCCAAGAACACCAUCCCCACCGUCAAACAUGGAGGUGGAAACAUUAUGCUUUGGGGGUGUUUUUCUGCUAAGGGGACAGGACAACUUCACUGCAUCAAAGGGACGAUGGACGGGUCAUGUACCGUCAAAUCUUUGGUGAGAACCUCCUUCCCUCAGCCAGGGCAUUGAAAAUUGGUCGUGGAUAGGUAUUCCAGCAUGACAAUGACCCAAAACACACGGCCAAGGCAACAAAGGAGUGGCUCAAGAAGAAGCACAUUAAGGUCCUGGAGUGGCCUAGCCAGUCUCCAGACCUUAAUCCCAUAGAAAAUCUGUGUAGGGAGCUGAAGGUUCGAGUUGCCCAACGUCAGCCUCAAAACCUUAAUGACUUGGAGAAGAUCUGCAAAGAGGAGUGGGACAAAAUCCCUCCUGGGAUGUGUGCAAACCUGGUGGCCAACUACAAGAAACGUCUGACCUCUGUGAUUGCCAACAAGGGUUUUGUCACCAAGUACUAAGUCAUGUUUUGCAGAGGGGUCAAAUACGUAUUUCCCUCAUUAAAAUGCAAAUCAAUUUAUAACAUUUUUGACGUGCGUUUUUCUGGAUUUUUGUUGUUGUUAUUCUCUCUCUCACUGUUCAAAUAAACCUACCAUUUAAAAUUAUAGACUGAUCAUGUCUUUGUCAGUGGGCAAACGUACAAAAUCAGCAGGGGAUCAAAUACUUUUUUCCCUCAUUGUACAUGUGGGUAGAGUUAAAGUGACUAUGCAUAAAUAAUUAACAGAGUAGCAGCAGCGUAAAAAGAUGGGGUGGGGGUGCAAAUAGUCCGGGUAGCCAUGAUUAGCUGUUCAGGAGUCUUAUGGCUUGGGGGUAGAAGCUGUUGAGAAGCCUUUUGGACCUAGACUUUGCGCUCCGGUACCGCUUGCCGUGCGGUAGUAGAGAGAACAGUCUAUGACUAGGGUGGCUGGAGUCUUUGACAAUUUUGAGGGCCUUCCUCUGACACCACCUGGUAUAGAGGUCCUGGAUGGCAGGAAGCUUGGCCCCAGUGAUGUACUGGGCCGUACACACUACCCUCUGUAGUGCCUUGCGGUCGGAGGCCGAGCAGUUGCCAUACCAGGCAGUGAUGCAACCAGUCAGGAUGCUCUCGAUGGUGCAGCUGUAGAACUUUUUGAGGAUCUGAGGACCCAUGCCAAAUCUUUUCAGUCUCCUGAGGGGGAAUAGGCUUUGUCGUGCCCUCUUCACGACUGUCUUGGUGUGUUUGGACCAUGAUAGUUUGUUGGUGAUGUGGACACCAAAGAACUUGAAGCUCUCAACCUGUUCCACUACAGCCCCGUCGAUGAGAAUGGGGGCGUGCUCAGUCCUCUUUUUUUUUUUCUUUAGUCCACAAUCAUCUCCUUUGUCUUGGUCACGUUGAGGGAGAGGUUGUUAUCCUGGCACCACACGGCCAGGUCUCUGACCACCUCCCUAUAGGCUGUUUCAUCAUUGUCGGUGAUCAGGCCUACCACUAUUGUGUCGUCUGCAAACUUAAUGAUGGUGUUGGAGUCGUGCCUGGCCAUGCAGUCAUGGGGGAACAGGGAGUACAGGAGGGGACUGUGCAUGCACCCCUGAGGGGCCCCCGUGUUGAGGAUCAGCGUGGCAGAUGUGUUGUUACCUAGCCUUACCACCUGGGGGCGGCCCGUCAGGAAGUCCAGGAUCCCAUUGCAGAGGGAGGUGUUUAGUCCCAGGAUCCUUAGCUUAGUGAUGAGCUUUGAGAGCACUAUAGUGUUGAACGCUGAGCUGUAGUCAAUGAAUAGCAAAGUCAAGGUAUUGGAGUGGCCAUCACAAAGCCCUGACCUCAAUCCUAUAGAAAAUGUGUGGGCAGAACUGAAAAAGCAUGUACGAGCAAGAAGGCCUACAAACCUGACUCAGUUACACCAGCUCUGUCAGGAGGAAUGGGCCAAAAUUCACCCAACUUAUUGUGGGAAGCUUGUGGAAGUCUACCCGAAACAUUUGACCCAAGUUAAACAAUUUAAAGGCAAUGCUACCAAAUACUAAUUGAGUGUGUGUAAACUUCUGACCCACUGGGAAUGUGAUGAAAUAAAUAAAAGCUGUAUUAAAUCAUUCUCUCUACUAUUAUUCUGACAUUUCACAUUCUUAAAAUAAAGUGCUGAUCCUUACUGACCUAAGACAGGGACUUUUUACUAGGAUUCAAUGUCAGGAAUUGUAAAAAAACUGAGUUUAAAUGUAUUUGGCUAAGGUGUAUGUAAACUUCCGACUUCAACUGUAAUUCUAAUGUUAAGGAAAGAUUUUCAUGUAGUAAGCUGAUUCGAGAGCAGCACUCCCUUUCCUUCGAUCCUAUCAGUAUCAACACAUGCUCCAACAACGCACUUAGUGACCGUUAUCUCUGCGAGCCUCCCGAGUGGCGCAGUGGUCUAAGGCACUGCAUUGCAGUGCUAGCUGUGCCACUAGAGAUCCUGGUUCGAAUCCAGGCUCUGUCGUAGCCGGCCGUGACCGGGAGACCCAUGGGGCGGCGCACAAUUGGCCCAGCGUCGUCCAGGGUAGGGGAGGGAAUGGCUGGCAGGGAUGUAGCUCAGUUGGUAGAGCAUGGCGUUUGCAACGCCAGGGUUGUGGGUUCGAUUCCCACCGGGGGUAUGAAAAAUAUAAAAAAUAAAAAAUAAUGUAUGCACUCACUAACUAAGUCGCUCUGGAUAAAAGCGUCUGCUAAACUGUAAAUGUAAAAUGAGGUGUUUUGGGAAACGCAUACACAUACAUACGUUACAUCUUCGGCCGUGGUAGGCAAGAUGCAUAGUUAAAACACUGCUAAGCCUAAGUUCCAUCGCUAUCGGGAAACCGGGCCCUGGUUGUUCACUCACCAGAUAAUGAGAAAACCCAGACAAGUCGGAACAUGUUACUGUAUGCUUGUGUACUGACUGCACAGUCAGUCAGUGGCUGUUGAGUGAGUGAAAAUGACAGUCGUAUGGUAUGCACAUGAUGGUGUGUGUAUGAUGAAAAGCAGAUUACUCUCACCGUGGUGAUCUCCUCGGCCACACGGCCCUUACCCGUCUGACCUUUGACCUCUAACCUCAGACCUUGUGUCGUGUUCUUGCACUUAACACCCACACUUUUGUUUUUUCUUCAUCCUGGCACCGAUUCUGCUGAUGGCGGUUACCUUGAGAGGGUCUACUUGCAAUAACUGUGAUAUGUGAUUGUAUUUUCCUACUGAACUUUAAUCUGGAUCAGAGCGUCUGCUAAAUGAUAGGAUAAAGCAAUCCUUCUACCCCCCCCACACACACAGCGGAGUCGCUCACCACCUUCCGGAGACAUUUGAAACCCCACCUCUUUAAGGAAUACCUGGGAUAGGAUAAAGUAAUCCUUCUACCCCCCCCCCACCCCCCACCCCCCCACCCCACAGCGGAGUCACUCACCACCUUCCGGAGACAUUUGAAACCCCACCUCUUUAGGAAUACCUGGGAUAGGAUAAAGUAAUCCUUCUACCCCCCCCCACCCCCCCCACACACAGCGGAGUCGCUCACCACCUUCCGGAGACAUUUGAAACCCCACCUCUUUAAGGAAUACCUGGGAUAGGAUAAAGUAAUCCUUCUACCCCCCCACCCCACAGCGGAGUCACUCACCACCUUCCGGAGACAUUUGAAACCCCACCUCUUUAAGGAAUACCUGGGAUAGGAUAAAGUAAUCCUUCUACCCCCCCCCCCCCCCCACACACACACACAGCGGAGUCGCUCACCACCUUCCGGAGACAUUUGAAACCCCACCUCUUUAAGGAAUACCUGGGAUAGGAUAAAGUAAUCCUUCUACCCCCCCCCCCCCCCCCCAAACAAAAACAAAAACAAAAAAAAAUUGUAAAGUGGUUAUCCCACUGGCUAUAGGGUGAAUGCAUCAAUUUGUGAGACGCUCUGGUCUAGAGCGUCUGCUAAAUGACGUAAAUGUGCCCUUGAGCAAGGCACUUAACCCUAAUUGCUCCUGUAAGUCGCUCUGGAUAAGAGCGUCUGCUAAAUGACUAAAAUGUAAUGUAAAUGUUAAUGUAAUGAAACGUUGUGUUCCCCACAGACAGGCUUAUGGUAACCCCCAGGAGGAGGCACUGUGUCCCCCCUCGCGGCCCGGGGAGGGGCCUUCGGACGGGGACGCCCUGCUCAGCCAGCUCUACUCAGUGCUGAAAGACUUUGACGGCCUGGAGGAGAUUGACCGCGCCCUGGGAAUCCCCACUCUGAUUAGUCAGGUAAUCUCUAUUAGCUGCUCUAAUCUGCGCAGGCCACAGAGAUGUACUAGAGCAGGGUUUCCCAAACUCGGUCCUGAAGGCUGCCCUGGGGGCACGUUUUGGUUUUUACCCUAGCACUACACAGCUGAUUCAAAUAACCAACUCAUCAAGUUUUGAUUAUUUGAAUCAGCUGUGUAGUGCUAGGGCAAAAACCAAAAUGUACACCCGCGGGGGGCCUCAGGACCGAGUUUGGGAAACCCUGUACUAGAAAGCUAAUCUCCUAUAUUUGAAAUGGCAACUUCAAAAUGGUGUAAGCCCUCAAGUGUGCCCUCUAUCCGACUCUAUGGCCCAGGCCAACAAGCCUAUAGCAGGCAGCUGGACUCAGCUCAUUUUCCCUUUAGAGGCCUUACUGUAGUUCAGUACUGUAUUGUAAUUCAUUGACUGCUGUACAGUAGUUACCUGUUCCCUAAGGUCUAUAGGGAAUGUGUAUGUUGCUGUGGGUUCUGUCAUUUGAUUGGGUUGAGAUAUUAACGAAGUUGGUGUAGAAACUACAAAAUCUCAAAUGAAAUUAACUGACUAGUUUUGUUAGCAAGCCAUUACUUAUUAACAGAAAGAAGACAGCCAAAACAAACAACACUGACCUACAUUAGCUUUUUUAAUGUCCUGCUAUGUGACUACAUUUCUUACCCGGUUUAAUCUUUGUAGGGCCAGCCAGUGGAGCAGGAGCAGUAUGCCAAUCAGGAGUCGCCCAUGAGGAAGCCACCCAUGUACAGCCAGCAGUACCCUCAGGCUGGUAACAUGGCACAGGGCAACUACAUGAGCCAGCAGGACCCUGGCUUCCACGGUAUGCCCGGUCAGAUGGGCCAGCGGAUGGGGUACCCCAUGCUCCGACUCCCUGCCCGACCAGUAGGCCCAGUGCCCGCCCAGCCCAACAACCUGAGGCUGCAGCUGCAGCACCGACUACAGGCACAGCUGGUAGGGAGACACACCACCCCUAGAGCCCUCACUGUAAAUCAUAGGGCAUACAGAAAUGUCCUGACCUGAAAAGGACAAUUGAUAAGCUCAAGCUUGAAAUAAUAUUUGGAAUGAAUUAAGUUUGGAAUUAACAGUUUGCAAUAUUGACAUCGAUAAUUGAACAACCUUGCCCCUCUCCCUCGUCAAAAUCAUAAUGGACAUUUAAGAACAUUGCAAACUGAACAUCUGAAAAUAAGAGUUUUAUAGUCUACUCAGUUUCUGCAGUAAACUCAGGCUUCUACUGCCACCUGCUGGAGAGUUUGAGAAAUGGAUAAACAAUUUUAUAGCAAUGACUCAAAUCAAAUGUUAUUUGUCACAUGCUUCGUAAACAACAGGUGUAGAUUAACAGUGAAAUGCUUACUUAGGGGCCCUUCCCAACAAUGCAGAGAAAUAAUAAUAGAAAGAUAAUAACAUGAGGAAUAAAUACACACUGAGUAACGAUAACUUGGCUAUAUACAGGGGGUACCGAGUCCAUGUGCAGGGAUAUGAGGUAAUUGAGGUAGAUACUGUAUGGAAAUAUGGGUAGGGGUAAAGUGACUAGGCAACGGCAUGGAUAAUGAGCAGUAGCAGCAGUGUGAUGAGUCAAAAGAGUUUGUGCAAAGGGGGGAUCAAUGCAGAUAGUCCGGGUAGCUAUUUGGUCAACUAUUUAGCAGUCUUUUGGCUUGAGGGUAAAACUGUUCAGGGUUCUGUUGGUUCCAGACUUGGUGCAUCGGUACCGCUUGCUUUGCAGUAGCAGAGAGAACAGUCUGACUUUGGUGGCUGGAGUCUGACAAUUUUUUAGGGCCUUCCUCUGACAGUGCCUGGUAUAGAGGUCCUGGAUGGCAGGGAGCUUGGACCCAGUGAUUUACUGGGCCGUACACACUUCCCUUCUGUAGCGCUUUGCGGUUGGAUGCCAAGCAGUUGCCGUACCAAGCGGUGAAGCAGCCAGUCAAGAUGCUUUCAACUUUGAGGCUCUGAGCGCCCAUGCCAAAUCUUCAGCCUCCUGAGGAGGAAGAGGCUGUGUUGGUGUAGUGGCCAUUUAUGUUAAUUACUUAGUAAUGUGGACACCGAGGAACUUCAAGAUCUCGACCCGCACCACUACAGCCCCGUCGAUGUGGAUGGGGGCGUGCUCGGCCCUCCGUUUCCUGUAGUCCACGAUCAGCUCCUUUGUCUUGCUGACGUUGAAGGAAAGGUUGUUGUCAUGGCACCACACUGCCAGGUCACUGACCUCCUCCCUAUAGGCUGUCUCAUCGUCGUUGGUGAUCAGGCCUACCACCGUUGUGUCGUCGGCACACUUAAUGAUGGUGUUGGAGUCAUGCGUGGCCACGCAGUCGUAGGUGAACAGGGAGUACAGGAGGGGACUAAGCAUGCACCCCUGAGGGGCCCCGUGUUGAGGGUCAGCGUGGCGGAUGUGUUGUUGUCUACCCUCAUCACCUGGGGGCGGCCCGUCAGGAAGUCCAGGAUCCAGUUGCAGCGGGAGGUGUUCAUUCCCAGGGACCUGUUUUAGUGAUGAGCUUGGAGGGCACUAUGGUGUUGAAUGCUGAGCUGUAGUCAAUGAACAACAUUCUCUUAUAGGGUUUCCUCUUAUCCAAUUGGGAGAGGGGUAGUGUGGAGUGCAAUAGAGAUUGUGUCAUCUGUGGAUCUGUUGGGGUGGUAUGCGAAUUGGAGUAGGUCCAGGGUGUCUGGAAUUAUGGUGUUGAGGUGAGCCAUGACCAUCAAAGCAUUUCAUGGCUACAAAUGUGAGUGCUACGGGGCGAUAGUUAUUUAGACAGGUUACCUUGGCGUUCUUGGGUACAGGGACUGUGGUGGUCUGCUUGAAACAUGUAGGUAUUACAGACGGGGUCAGGGAGAGGUUGAACAUGUCAGUGAAGACACUGAUCAGUGCAUGCUCUGAUUAUGCCUCCUGGCAAUCCAUCUGGCCCUGAGGCCUUGUGAAUGUUAAAGGAAAGGUUCACACAUUUUGAAUGUUAUAUAGUUUUAGUGCAUCUCUAAGUGAUGUUCUAUCGAUUCCCUGGGUCAUUUCAUGUUUUCAUGUGUAUCUGAGUUAUUGGCGUUCAAGCAGGCAGAAAUCUGUCCAGUAUGACAUAGCACCGUGAUAAAGUCGCUCUCACUAUACUGGAAGUUAAUAGGAAUACGACUUUUAGAUCGCGAAAACGUCUAUCAUAGAUUUCAAUACUGACUGAUGUCAUAACUCAGGAGGUUGUCUUCUCUCGAAUGAGCCAUUGAUAAUAUUUUUGCGAUAUUCCUCCCUCGAGAAACAUUUAUUUCACGGAGGGUCUAUCACAUUUUUCCUAUUUGUCUGCCUCUUUAGUCCAGGAUGCAUUGCAUGGUGCCGUUGCCAGAGAUAUUAUAGAAAGGAGAUAGGAAUCCAAUGAAUGAAGGAACGUAUAACGUCCCACCUAGCAGACUGUCGACCAAUAGCGUUCACUUUGUCAUGCUGUGUCACGCUGUUUCUAACUUAAUCGUCACGCAACCCCUUCUCAAAGACCGUGUAUAUGUUGAGAAACGUGCAUAUUUUCCUCGAAAGUACGUAAUGUCACGAUUCCAAAGCUAUACGAUACUACAGAUAGCAAGUUCAUUAUCUCACAUCUCAGAAAAUAUUUAUCUAUUUGUUGACCUAAUUCGUGCUAAUGUUGGGUUUUUGAGCUAGCGCCCAAUAGACUCCCAUUCACUCCUUGAAGGAGAGCGCUCCUUGUCCCAGUAUCGCCUAGAAUGCACCGCGCGGCCCAUUGACUUGGCAUGGGCAAGGUUUCCCAUUCCAUCAAAAGUAUAUCUGCCGUUGCGAAUGUUAGACUCCACUCUGAGGCACAUCGAUCUGCAGGUUGAACAUGGUGAGAUUGUAGACUCCUAAAUUGAUAGUGCAGUUUGUUUAGGCGAUUUUACAGAUAACUAGCUAUGUUACAUGCUGAUAUAGAGCCUCCUGUAGCUCAGUUGGUAGUGCAUGGCCCUUGCAACGCCAGGGUUGUGGGUUCGAAUCCCACGGGGGGCCAGUAUGAAAAAUGUAUGCACUCACUAACUGUAAGUCGCUCUGGAUAAGAGCAUCUGCUAAAUGACUAAAAUGUAAAUGUAAUAUUGUCUUUGGUAUUAUUCUGUGUAGCUAUGUUUGCUAGCUACCUACCUAGCUAGCCAGCUAGCCCAUAGAGAGCAUUGCAUUGUGGAUUUUGUAGUCGACUUGAGCUGCAACACAUUUCCACAAUGAUUUUCCAUGUUCCUACCAACCUUAUUAUAACGCCAAAAUGAAACAUUUGUUUGCAAAAAAUAUUGUUCUCACAUAUUAGUGUUAUUUAACACUGUAAAUUAAAGGAAUUAGUGGUUUAGGGUGGAUUUUUCCUUUAACCUGUUUAAAGGUCUUACUCACAUCAGCUACAGAGAGCGAGAUCACACAGUCGUGCGGAACAGCUGUUGCUCUCAUGCAUGGUUCAGUGUUGCUUGCCUCAAAGCGAGCAUAGAAGGCAUUUAUCUCGCCUGGUAGGCUUGCGUCACUGGGCAGCUUGUGGCUGGGUUUCCCUUUGUAAUUCGUGAUAGUUUGCAAGCCCUGCCACAUCCGACGCGCAUCAGAGCUGGCGUAGUAGGAUUCAAUCUUAGCCCUGUAUUGACACUUUGCCUGUUUGAUGGCUCGUCACAGGUCGUAGCGGGAUUUCAUUACAUUAUCAAUGAUGUGCAGUAUCAUAAAUGUCUUUGGACUUCACCAAGUAAUGGGCCUAAUAGAACGUCAAGGGCUAUGUAAUUAUUACAUUUAAGUCGGUAGAAUUCGACAAAAAAAUUGUCAUUUUCUUAUUUCCUCAGCAGAAUCGUCAGCCAAUGAUGAAUCAGAUGGGCGUGUCAAACAUGAACCUACCUCUCAGACCCAGUGUACCCAACCAGGUUAGUCAGAAUACUGUAGCAGAUCAUUAUUAUAACACAACAGCUCCAUGCGUGUGUGAGUCUAAGCUUGCAUCCUAAAUGGCACCCUAUUCCCUAUAUAGUGUACUACUUUUGACAGCACCCUAUUCACUAUUUAGUGUACUAAUUUUGACCAGGGCCUAUAGGGAUCUGUUAAAAAGUAAUGCACUUUAUAGGGAAUAGGGUGCCAUUUGGGCCUCAUACUAAAUGCCUUAAAGUCUAAAUGUGUAUUGUCCGUCUAUCCUUUUAGGGAACCCUGAAUGCUCAGAUGUUGGCCCAGAGACAGAGGGAGUACCUGAGUAACAUCCUGCGUCAGCGCCAGCAGCACGUCCACCAGAGAGCCAUGCUGUUGCGGGCCCAGGGCCUCAACAUCCCCCCCAACAUGGCUGCAGCGGCUGGGGCAGUGGGGCCCUCGCAGUCCCCCAGCAUGCCCCCCGGCUCAAUCAGCACCAACCCUCGGAUCCCCCAGGCAAACCCCCAGCAGUUCCCGUACCCGGCCAGCUACGGUACUGGGCUCACGUCCCCGCCACCCUCCACCAGCCCCUUCUCCCCGCUGUCCCCUGGUCUCCCUGGGGCUCAGCAGCUCCUCUCCCCUUUCCACUCCUCCCCAAUCUUGCAUGGCUCCUCCCAGAUGAGUCUAGCUAACCAGCAAGGGAUGAUGGGAAACGUAGGUGGCCAGUUUGGAGCCGUAGUGAGUCCACAAAUGCAGCAGCACAGUGCCUUCCAGUUUCCCAGCUCAGGUAUACUGUAAUAUAAUACUACCCGGUCACCUCGCUGUGUGGCUUCCUAUCACAGCUUUGGUUUAAUUUCAACUGAUAAUCAUUUUAAUCAUAUGUGGGUUUAAUUCGGUGGCUGCAUGACUGUAGUGGUAUUUGUUUCUCAUACAUACAGUGGGGAAAAAGUAUUUAGUCAGCCACCAAUUGUGCAAGUUCUCCCACUUAAAAAGAUGAGAGAGACCUGUAAUUUUCAUCAUAGGUACACGUCAACUAUGACAGACAAAAUGAGGGAAAAAAAUCCAGAAAAUCACAUUGUAGGAUUUUUUUAUGAAUUUAUUUGCAAAUUAUGGUGGAAAAUAAGUAUUUGGUCAAUAACAAAAGUUUCUCAAUACUUUGUUAUAUACCCUUUGUUGACAAUGACACAGGUCAAACGUUUUCUGUAAGUCUUCACAAGGUUUUCACACACUUGCUGGUAUUUUGGCCCAUUCCUCCAUGCAGAUCUCCUCUAGAGCAGUGAUGUUUUGUGGCUGUCGCUGGGCAACACAGACUUUCAACUCCCUCCAAAUAUUUUCUAUGGGGUUGAGAUCUGGAGACUGGCUAGGCCACUCCAGGACCUUGAAAUGCUUCUUACGAAGCCACUCCUUUGUUGCCCGGGCGGUGUGUUUGGGAUCAUUGUCAUGCUGAAAGACCCAACCACGUUUCAUCUUCAAUGCCCUUGCUGAUGGAAGGAGGUUUUCACUCAAAAUCUCACGAUACAUGGCCCCAUUCAUUCUUUCCUUUACACGGAUCAGUCAUCCUGGUCCCUUUGCAGAAAAACAGCCCCAAAGCAUGAUGUUUCCACCCCCAUGCUUCACAGUAGGUAUGGUGUUCUUUGGAUGCAACUCAGCAUUCUUUGUCCUCCAAACACGACGAGUUGAGUUUUUACCAAAAAGUUCUAUUUUGGUUUCAUCUGACCAUAUGACAUUCUCCCAAUCCUCUUCUGGAUCAUCCAAAUGCACUCCAAAUGGUCCUCUGUAGCUCAGCUGGUAGAGCACGGCGCUUGUAACGCCAAGGUAGUGGGUUCGAUCCCCGGGACCACCCAUACACAAAAAUGUAUGCACGCAUGACUGUAAGUCGCUUUGGAUAAAAGCGUCUGCUAAAUGGCAUAUUAUUUAUUAUUAUUAUUCAGAUGGGCCUGGACAUGUACUGGCUUAAGCAGGGGGACACGUCUGGCACUGCAGGAUUUGAGUCCCUGGCAGCGUAGUGUGUUACUGAUUGUAGGCUUUGUUACUUUGGUCCCAGCUCUCUGCAGGUCAUUCACUAGGUCCCCCCGUGUGGUUCUGGGAUUUUUGCUCACCGUUCUUGUGAUCAUUUUGACCCCACGGGGUGAGAUCUUGCGUGGAGCCCCAGAUCGAGGGAGAUUAUCAGUGGUCUUGUAUGUCUUCCAUUUCCUAAUAAUUGCUCCCACAGUUGAUUUCUUCAAACCAAGCUGCUUACCUAUUGCAGAUUCAGUCUUCCCAGCCUGGUGCAGGUCUACAAUUUUGUUUCUGGUGUCCUUUGACAGCUCUUUGGUCUUGGCCAUAGUGGAGUUUGGAGUGUGACUGUUUGAGGUUGUGGACAGGUGUCUUUUAUACUGAUAACAAGUUCAAACAGGUGCCAUUAAUACAGGUAACAAGUGGAGGACAGAGGAGCCUCUUAAAGAAGAAGUUACAGGUCUGUGAGAGCCAGAAAUCUUGCUUGUUUGUAGGUGACCAAAUACUUAUUUUCCACCAUAAUUUGCAAAUAAAUUCAUUAAAAAUCCUACAAUGUGAUUUUCUGGAAUUCUUUUUCUCAAUUUGUCUGUCAUAGUUGACGUGUACCUAUGAUGAAAAUUACAGGCCUCUCUCAUCUUUUUAAGUGGGAGAACUUGCACAAUUGGUGGCUGACUAAAUACUUUUUUUCCCCCACUGUACUCCAUGGUGGUUUAGCUGAACAUCUGCCAAUUAAAUAGUAUGCCUCAUGUAAUCUCACAGUUCUAUCUACCUAAAGAAAUCAGAGGACUCGUGAUCCAUAGUAUUAACAACUCAUUGUCUCUGUCAUGCUAUUUAAAACAAUCCAUUACAUAUGAUACAGGGAUAAGAAUUACUAAUAGCAUUAUCACAUAUCAGAUGGCUUCAUGUUGGUGUUCAUAGACAAGUAGUUUUGGUGGUGGCUGAGCCGUAGAAUUUUGAUCUAGUUUUCCUCUCCUUCUCUUACCCAUUCAUGUGACUGUAUAGAUUUUCUGAUUGUGCAACGUUUUUGACCAACUGCAUGUACUCUACUUUGGCUCUUCAUGUAUUUCUGUUUCUUCAUUAACAUAUCUGCAGCAGUCAACUACAACACAUAGCUUAUCUUUAGCCUGGUCCCACAUCUGUUUUGUGCUUUUGGCAAUUCCAUUACUGUCAUUGUCAAGCCUAACAUGGCAUGACGAUGAAUGACAAGGAGUUGGAAUGGUGGCACAAACAGACUGGCAUUCAAGCAAUCUUAUCUUGACAAUGAAAUGAAUGUUUAGGUAACUUCUAUUGUACUCUCCACCCCUCAGUACUGAUAACAUAUGUCUCCUCCCUGGUCCUGUCAGGUAUAAACCAGCAGCAGCAGGACACAGGCUUCACAGGAGCCACCACCCCCCAGAGCCCCCUCAUGUCCCCCCGCAUGAGCCACGCCCAGAGUCCCAUGAUGCAGCAGCAGGCCCAGGCCAACUCCUCCUACCAGCCCUCCUCUGAGAUGAACGGCUGGCCUCAGGGCAACAUGUCAGGAAACAGGUGAGACUGACUGGCAGCUCUGACUGGAUCUCUGAUAACGAAGGUUGCAAAAUUCAGGUAACUUUGGAAAGGGUUUCCAGGAAAUCCUGGUUGGAGGAUUCCCUGAAUCAGGAGGAAAUAAACAGGAAAUCUGUAAUUCUUCAUCCAGGAUUUCUGGAAAACCAGAAUUUUGCAACCCUAUUGCUAACCUUUUGUAUUUAGCAUUUAUUUAGUUGUUAUGAUCAUAGACUUAUAUGUUUUGACUGCAUUAAUCUACACUGUCUGUAGGAUGUAUCCAGUAUGCUCUCAUGAUACACAUUUUAAUCAACCUGUGGUAAAAUCUGACUGAACAUGUACCUUUGAUUUCCAUGUUCUGUUUCAGCAUGUUCACGCAACAGUCUCAAUCUCAGCAGUACGCGCCCCAACAGUCUAAUCGUGGAAUGUACACCAGCACAAACGCCAACCUGAACAUGAACAUGCAGGGUGUCCCCAUGGCCUCCAACGCCAACGGCAGCAUGAGCAACAUGAAUCAAGUGUCAGCAGGCCAGAUGACCAUGCCUACAGGAAGCCUGUCCUCCAUGGACCCUGAGCAGGUGUGUGUGUGGGUUGUGUGUCCAGUGCAACUACAGGUUCAACUCAAAUAAAGCAUACUACUUAAUGGCAAGUAAACCUGUAAAAUAUAUUGCAGCUCUCACAAAACGAAUACAUGCUAAACCAGUUAUAAUUUUAAAAGAUACAAACGCGGUAUUUAGAAACAACGCGAUUAAUGACAAUUUUAAAAUCUUCUAUGAAAAUGAAUUUAAAUCAGAAUUAAACAGUUGGAUGGAUCAUACAGACUUCUUAGACUCAACAACACUGAAGCAGUUAUCAGCAGAAAAAAAAUCACUAAAAACAGAGAUCACCCAAGAAGAAAUAUUAGAUACUGUUAAAACAUUAGCACGGAGAAAAACACCAGGAAUGGAUGGCUUUCCCAAAUAAUUCUAUUCAACAUUUUGGGACAAAGUAGCCUCCCUAUUUACACAAAUGACAACACGUCACUAAAUUCAGUGCUUCCUAGUUCCAUGUCUCAAAGUUAUUUCAAUUAUAUUUAAACCAGGAAUAUCUGGAGUCCCCUGCUGAUUAUAGACCCAUACAUUUAAUAAAUUGUGACAAAAUAAUAACUAAGCUUAUAAGCAAUAGAAUGGCAAGUCUUACCAGACUUGAUACACAUCAAUCAAACAGGGUUUAUUUAAAAAUUGAAACAAACAAAUACAAUAACAUGUUUCAGUUUAAUACAAUACGCAAAAAAAAACAAGAUACAGAUUUAUCAAUAAUGGCUGUUGAUGCUGAAAAGGCUUUUGACCUUCUUGAAUGGCCUUUUCUAUUCUCAACUUUGGAAGCUUUCAAAUUUCCAGCUGAAAUAAUAAAUAUAAUAAAAAGAUUGUAUAAAUGUCCCAAGCAGAGAUAUAUGCAAAUAAUACAUUAUCUGAUUAAAUUGCUUUAGAAAUGGGCACAAGACCGGGAUGUCCUCUCUCCCCCCUCGUGUUUGCAUUGGCAAUUGAACCGCUUCUUAAGUCUGAGGGUUGUUUUAACCUUCCGGACUUGGAAUUGUAUCAACUCGCUACCCAAGGCUUUUACUUGCAACAUAUAGUUAAUGCACUAAAGAGGAACAAUGGGUACAUAUUGAAGAUGUGCAUGCUCAACCCCCAAAUCUUUUUACGUGUCUAUUUUCAAAGGAUAAAGCUAAGAACAUUAACAACUUCAUAGUUAAGAACACUGUAACAAUAUAGAAGAAAAUGAAACGUAUUCUACAAGAACCAAUAUCACUCACUAAAAACACAACCUUAUGGAAUAAUCCUUGGAUAGCCUUUCAGAAUUCACAGAUAAAUUGGUCCACAUAGAAAACUAAAGGCAUAGAAACCGUAAAUGACUUGGUAACAGGAAAUACACUGAACAAAAAUACACUGAACAAAAUAUAAGCGCAACAUGCAACAAUUUCAAAGAUUUUACUGAGUUACAGUAAAAUCCCCCCCCCCCCCAUUCAAUUCUCUGGCAACAGCUCUGGUGGACAUUUCUGCAGUCAGCAUGCCAAUUGCAUGCUCCCUCAAAUCUUGAGACAUCUAUGGCAUUGUGUUGUGUGACAAAACUGCACAUUUUAGAGUGGCCUUUUAUUGUCCCCAGCAUAAGGUGCACCUGUGUAAUGAUCAUGCGCGUAUAAUAAUCUGUCCUCGGUUACAACACUCACUACCAAGUUCCAAACUGCCUCUGGAAGCAACUUCAGCACAGGAACUGUUCAUUGGGAGCUUCAUGAAAUGGGUUUCCAUGGCCAAGCAGCCGCACACAAGCCUAAAAUCACCAGGCGCAAUGCCAAGCGUCGGCUGGAGUGGUGUAAAGCUCGUCGCCAUUGGACUCUGGAGCAGUGGAAACGCGUUCUCUGGAGUCAUGAAUCACGCUUCACCAUCUGGCAACCUGACGGACAAAUCUGGGUUUGGCGGAUGCCAGGAGAACGCUACCUGCCCGAAUGUAUAGUGCCAACUUUAAAGUUUGGUGGAGGAGGAAUAAUAAUCUGGGGCUGUUUUUCAUGCUUCGGGCUAGGCCCCUUAGUUCCAGUGAAGGGAAAUCUUAACUCUACAGCAUACAAUGACAUUCUAAACGAUUCUGUGCUUCCAACUUUGUGGCAACAGUUUGGGGAAGGCCCUUUCCUGUUUCAGCAUGACAACGCCCCCAUGCACAAAGCGAGGUCCAUACAGAAAUGGUUUGUCGAGAUUGGUGUGGAAGAACUUGACUGGCCUGCACAGAGCCCUGACCUCAACCCCAUCGAACACCUUUGGGGUGAAUUGGAACACAGACUGCGACCCAGGCCAAAUCGCCUAACAUCAGUGCCCGACCUCACUAAUGCUCUUGUGGCUGAAUGGAAGCAAGUCCCCGCAGUAAUGUUUGAACAUCUAGUGGAAAGCCUUCCCAGAAGAGUGGAGGCUGUUACACCAGCAAAGGGGGGACAAACUCCAUAUUAAUGCCCAUGAUAUUGGAAUGAGAUGUUCGACAAGCAUACUUUUGGCCAUGUAGUGUAUUUUUGUUCAGUAGAUCAAUAUAUAUUUUGUUGAAACACUCAACCAGAGGAUCUGCCCUCAGUCGCUUGCCAACUUGUACUGGUUUGCUUGCUAUGCAUAGUGUGUUGUGAGGUCUGUAGCAUAGUAGUAGGCUGCUUUCCCAAAUGGCACAAUAUACCCUACAUCCUUCAAACUCAACUCUGGACCUCGAAGCCAGUUCCACUGCAUUUUUUCAUUGUUCCCCUCUAAUCAGGGACUGUAUGCUAUUAAUGAUCAGGUAGAACAGAAAACCAGCAGGCUCUGGACCUCGUAGGGUAAGAGUUGAAUACCCCUGCCCUACAUGGUACAUGACUUUUGACCAAAGCCUUAUGGGCCCUGGUCAAAAGUAGAGGACUAUAUAUACAGUGCCUUCGGAAAGUAUUCAGACCCCUUGACUUUUUCCACAUUUUGUUAGGCUUACAGCCUUAUUCUAGAAUUGAUAUUUAUUUAUUUUUCCCCUCAUCAAUCUACACACAAUACCCCAUAAUAAAACGGAUAUGACAUUUACAUAAUUAUUCAGACCCUUUACUCAGUAUUUUGUUGAAGCACCUUCGGCAGCGAUUACAACCUCAAAUCUUCUUGGGUAUGACGCUACAAGCUUGGCAUUCUCCCAUUCUUCUCUGCAGAUCCUCUCAAGCUCUGUCAGGUUGGAUGGGGAGCGUUGCUGCACAGCUAUUUUCAGGUCUCUCCAGAGAUGUUAGAUUGGGUUCAAGUCCGGGCUCUGGCUGGGCUACUCAGGGACAUUCAGAGACUUGUCCCGAAGCCACUCCUGCGUUGUCUUGGCUGUGUGCUUAGGGUCGUUGUCCUGUUGGAAGGUGAACCUUCGCCCCAGUCUGAGGUCCUGAGCGCUCUGGAGAAGGUUUUCAUCAAGGAUCUCUCUGUACUUUGCUCCGUUCAUCUUUGCCUCGAUCCUGACUAGUCUCCCAGCCCUUGCCGCUGAAAAAAAUCCCCACUGCAUGAUGCUGUCACCAUGCUUCACCGUAGGAAUGGUGCCAGGUUUCCUCCAGAUGUGACGCUUGGCAUUCAGGCCAAAGAGUUCAAUCUUGGUUUCAUCAGACCAGAGAAUCUUGUUUCUCAUGGUCUGAGUCCUUUAGGUGCAUUUUGGCGAACUCCAAGCGGGCUGUCAUGCCUUUUACUGAGGAGUGGCUUCCGUCUGGCGACUACCAUAAAGGCCUGAUUGGUGGAGUGCUGCAGAGAUGUUUAUCCUUCUGGAAGAUUCUCCCAUCUCCACAGAGGAACUCUGGAGCUCUGUCAGAGUGACCAUCGGGUUCUUGGUCACCUCCCUGACCAAGGACCUUCUCCCCCGAUUGCUCAGUUUGGCCGGGCGGCCAGCUCUAGGAAGAGUCUUUGUGGUUCCAAACUUCUUCCAUUUGAAAAUGAUGGAGGCCACUGUGUUCUUGGACCUUCAAUGCUGCAGAAAUGUUUUGGUACCCUUCCCCAGAUCUGUGCCUCGACACGAUCCUGUCUCGGAACUCUACGGACAAUUCCUUUGACCUCAUGGCUUGGUUUUUGCUCUGACAUGCACUGUCAACUCUGGGACCUUAUAUAGCUCAGGUAUAUAGUCAACUGUGGUCCUCUGUAGCUCAGCUGGUAGAGCAAGGCGCUUGUAACGCCAAGGUAGUGGGUUCGAUCCCCGGGACCACCCAUACACAAAAAAUAAAAUAAAAAAUAAAAUAAAAAAAUGUAUGCACACAUGACUAAGUCGCUUUGGAUAAAAGCGUCUGCUAAAUGGCAUAUUAUUAUUAUAUUAUUAUAUAGACAGGUGUGUGCCUUUCCAAAGUUGUAGAAACUCCAAGUUGUAGAAACAUCUCAAGGAUGAUCAAUGGAAACAGGAUGCACCUAAGCUCAAUUUCGAGUCUCAUAGCAAAGGGUCUGAAUACUUAUGUAAAUAAGGUAUUUGUUUUUUGUUGUGAAUAAAUAUGCAAAAAUGUGCGUGUCUGAGGAAAUUAUUUUAUUUAAUCCAUUUUAGAAUAAGGCUGUAACAACAUGUGGAAAAAGUCAAGGGGUCUGAAUUAUUUUCAAAGGCACUGUAUAAGGAAUAAGGUGCCGUUUGGGAGGCAGCCAUAGUGUGGUGGUGUAGUGGAACAUCAAACAUAAGUCUCUGUUUUCCUACUACCACAGGUGAAUCAUGAUAAUGCCUUGAGACGAAGGGACAACCUCAUUCUAGACCAGUUGGCUGGAAUUGACAUGUUAACACAAGAAGGUGACGCAACUCCAGUGAGUAACGUUUAAUUCUGUCUUUUUGUCCCCCACAAUGAAAUCAGAUGGGGGGGGGGGGGGCACGGCACUAUAGUAAUCAACUAAAAUGUUGCCUUGUUUAAAUCAUAAACAUUUUAUUUUUCAGAACUUUUGCUGACCCCAGUCUAUUGUUGGACAACAUGGUUUACAAAUGGUCUACACCCAAUGAAAACACUGGCAUCCAACCAAUCAAGGAGCUCCUGCAGUUCUACAUGGGUCUUUGAAUGGACAAAGACUCACCUACUGAAGAACACAACUCCCUGAACCCACCAACCGCAUUCACCUUAGUGUGACUUAGGUCCUUCCC